CGAACCUUUUUUUGAUUUGGGCCUUAGAAGAGAAAUUAAACGAGAUGAAAUCCACUCGCCUCAACAUCCCUUCUUUUCCCUCCCCGCCACUCUCGUCUUAUCCCCUCCUCAUUCACUUCCCCUCCCUUCCCAUACUAUGAUCCCAUCUCUAUUCACUGUCGACACUUUUGCCUCAUAUUGAGGGAAUAAUUUAUUUCCCCAAAUCCCCAUCUUCCGGGCGGUGGAAACAUCCACGUCACGAUCACCGCCCCUGGCAAUCUCCUUACCACCCCCAAUCUAUUCAAAUACUACCACACGAGGUUCACCUCCCCGACCUCUCAUCACCAUCAUGCCUCCCGCCGGCUCUACCCCCAACGGUCGCUCCAAUCGCGCCAGCACCUCCAAGGUCAACCCUAACUCCUUAGUGGUGACUUUGAAACUCUCUCCAGAGGCGCUACAGCAGGUUCUAGGCGAUGCCUCCGACCACUCCCCGAAAGCCAACCUCGACAAGGGUGCCGAACACUCCUCGCCGGCUUCAACCGCCGAAGUCGCUGCUGUCCGUCCCUCUUCUGCCGACAAUGGAUCCGAUGCUGAGGCAGCUUCAACACCGGCCGCUGGAGCUACCCCAGGAGACACUCCGCGCCGGAAGGGGGUCCCGGGUCCUAAGCCGGGCAACAAGCGGACGAAUGGACAGACCGACGCCGCGUCGCGUGCACGAGGCAGACCUGGACCGAAGAAGAAGCCCCGCCUUGAGGAAGGCGGCACCGAAGCUGCAAAGCCAGCAGCCAACCAUCGUAUCGGACCGAAGGCGAACACUGGUGCUAUCAACGCUGGCCUGCGUGCUCUUGACCGUUCCGGCACUCCAUGCCGCAAGUGGGACCGAAAGCCCUUGAAAUUGCGCAGUUUCACCGGAGUUGCCUGGCAGUUGCCAGCGUGGCACACUUUCAAGUCUGCUCACAUGGAUUCUCAGUCGAAUAAAGACGGUAUUCUCGAGAGCGGCGACAGUGACACCAAAACCUCCUUGGCUGUCCCAGGCCCUGAUACUCUCAAUGGCAGUAGUGCCGUUCCCAGUGAAAAGAGUACUGGUGAUGGCGAUGUCACUCCUGCCCCGUCCAACCUGGUUGAGCCUUCGUCGCCGGCCAUUGCCAUGGCGGCAUGAGCCCGGGCUGUACAUUAUAUUCUGACUUCUCUUCUUUCCUCUUAUCUUUCUGUCUCCAUUUGUCUCCUCUACGAUCAUGUUUCGGUUGGGUUUUUUUUUUCG